AUGGGGAGCAAAAGACGAUCUCGAUCAGGUGACUACUGGUGGUUUGCUUUUCAUUUUUUCUUACUGCUGAUUUUCGGAGAUCAUGCUUUGGCUGAAUUGAGAUACUCGAUUCCAGAGGAGAUGAAAGAAGGAACCCUGGUUGGAAAUGUUGCUAAGGAUCUUGGUCUGGACAAAACCUCUUUAACUGACCGACGGUUCCGUGUUGUGUCUGGAUCUAAGGACGCUUUGUUCGAGGUAAACCCGGACAACGGUGCCUUACAGAUCCGUAAAAAAAUCGACAGAGAGGAGCUGUGUCACGGUAGUGGUGUAUGCACAAUGGAGCUGAAAAUCCUUGUUGAAAAUCCUCUAGAAAUGCAUCAUAUUGUUGUGGAAAUUACUGAUGUAAACGAUCACUCCCCCAGUUUUCCCGAAAAGCAUCAACAAUUGCAAAUAGCGGAACAUGCAUCUCCGGGAACUCGAUUCCAGCUGCAUGCAGCACGUGAUCCCGAUGCUGGAAUCAACUCUAUUCGUACAUAUACACUAACGUCAAAUAACCACUUUGAUAUAGAUGUUAGUCAAAGCGAUGAGGAGAAAAUACCAUUCUUAGUGCUGAAGAAGUCAUUAGACAGAGAACAAAAGAAUAAACACUUUCUAUUUGUUACCGCAGUUGAUGGAGGUAAACCUCAAAGAUCAGGGACACUAAACGUUUCAAUUACUGUUCUUGAUAUUAAUGAUAAUCGUCCGAUAUUUAGUCAGGAAACUUAUCAAAUAGAAAUAUAUGAAAACAUUCCAGUUGGUCGUACUGUUGCAAGAGUGAAUGCAACUGAUCCAGACGAAGGGACGAAUGGAGAAAUAGAGUACAGUCUGAGCAAAACAUUAGUACGUAAAGUUUACGACAUCUUUGAAUUGGAUGGUUUAAGUGGACAAAUUAAACUGAAAGGAGCGUUGGAUUUUGAGGAAUUAGAGAUUUAUAAACUGGAUGUUGAGGCGUCGGACCAAGGAACACCUCCAUUAACAAGCCGAUGUAGAGUCAUUGUAAAGAUAAAAGACAUCAAUGAUAAUCCACCAGAAAUAGAAGUCACAUCACUGUCAAAUACAGUGUCUGAAGAUUCAAAGCCUGGCACAGUUAUUUCACUACUUAGUGUCACAGAUAAAGACUCUGGUGUGAAUGGAAAAAUAAUAUCAACCAUAAACUCAGACGUCCCUUUUGAGUUAAAACCUUCUUACAAGGAGAACAUAUAUUCAGUUGUCACGAAGGGAUUUUUGGAUCGAGAGGAGGUGUCACAUUAUGAAAUAACAAUAAAAGCCACUGAUUGUGGUGAACCCUCUUUAUCCACUUAUAAAACUCUCAGUAUUCAGAUAUCAGAUGUAAAUGACAACAGUCCACAUUUCCAACAGAAUCCAUUACAGUUUUAUCUGGUAGAAAAUAACGUUGCUGGAGCGUCAAUAUUCUCUGUCAGCGCCACGGACAAUGAUGUGAAUGACAAUGCAGCUAUUUCUUAUCAUGUUGUCAGAGGAGGGAGAGAAAGUGAUGCAACAUCAUUUCUAAAUAUAAAUACUGAUAAUGGACAAAUAUCCGCGCUAAAAAGUUUCGACUUUGAAGCAGUGAAAACUUUCCAGUUCCAAGUUGUUGCCACAGAUUCUGGAACUCCGUCACUGAGCAGCAACGUCACAGUGAACGUGUUCAUUCUGGAUCAGAACGACAACGCUCCAGUCAUCCUGUAUCCACUCAGCUCCAACGGCUCUGCUGAAGGGGUGGAGGAGAUUCCCCGCAAUGUCAACGCAGGACACUUGGUGAGCAAAGUCAGAGCCUAUGACGCUGAUAUAGGAUAUAACGGCUGGUUGCUGUUCUCACUGCAGGAAGUCACUGACCACAGUCUCUUUGGUUUGGACCGCUAUACAGGACAGAUCAGAACACUUCGCUCAUUCACAGAGACAGACGAGGCUGAGCAUAAACUGCUCAUACUGGUCAAAGACAAUGGCAACGUUUCACUCUCAGCAACAGCUACUGUCAUUGUCAAAGUCGUGGAGCCCAAAGAGGCUUUUGCAGCUUCUGAUGUGAAAAGUGCAGCAAAGGAUGAGGAGGGGAAUGAUGUGACUUUUUAUCUGAUGAUCACUUUGGGCUCAGUUUCAGUACUUUUUCUCAUUAGCAUCAUCGUGCUGAUUGCAAUGCAGUGCUCCAAAUCCACAGACUAUACUUCUAAAUAUCUACAAGAGACUAAUUAUGAUGGGACACUGUGUCACAGCAUCCAGUACAGAUCAGGAGACAAACGGUACAUGUUAGUUGGACCCAGGAUGAGUAUUGGAUCUACUAUAGUCCCUGGAAGCCAUGCAAAUACUCUUAUGGUCCCAGACAGGAGACGUGCGUCUGAAGAGGUAAGCUCAGUUGGACUCUCUCUCGUUGUCUUUUCUGUAAAUUAG